GGGAGGGGGAGGGGGACGACGGGUCUACGGCGCACGGGCAUGGCGCUCCCCUCGACAACCACAACCAUGCGUCAACAUCCUCACUACACUCCCCGCAUUCUCCACCUGCGCCCACGACUCUCGACACAUCCUCCACCCCCAACCCUCCCGCUGCCGCCGGUUACGAGCGCUCGCCCGACGGCUUCGCCUACCUCACCCACGCGCGCGACGACAGCCUCUCCGCAUGGGCCGCCGCGCUCGGCGGGUCGCAUCGGCGUGCCGACUCUGUAGUCGAAGCGGAGAGUCGGAGAGAUAGCAGGAUCAGCUUUGACGACGACGUGGAAGAUGAUGGUGGGGGAGGAUGGAAUGAGGGUGCGGGAAGAUGGAGGGAAGAUGGGGGGAGGGUGAGGGACAGCAGGAUCACGCUGGACUCGAGGGCGGAUCCGCGGGCGAGCAUGGCGGUGCUCAACCCUCGAGACUCCAUCGUGUCGUUCGACGAUCGGAGGGCGAGCGUGGCUACGUUCAACCAGGACAGCUUUGGGCAGGGCGUGUAUGAUGGGGAUACGUUCGGCCAGCGCAUAUUGAAUGGGGAGAGAGAGGCGUUCAACCCGCGGGACAGCACGGCGACGCUCGAGCAGAGCGCGUUCGACCCACAUCGAGAGACGUUCGACGCGCAGGCUACGAGGCGGUUCAAUGCGCAUGCGAGUAUGGCGGUGCUCAAUCCGCGGGACUCGGUCGCGACGCUCGAUCAGGAGAUGUUCAACCCGCGCGACAGCUCCGCGACGCUCGACCAAGACUCCUUCGCGCCGAACCCGCGCGAGAGCGUCGCGAGCGCAUAUAGCGACGAGUCCGCGUCCACGCAGCACGUCGGCCAUCCUACGCAUCAGGUGCAGGCGUCGCUCAGCUCGCUCCAGCAGCAACUCGCCUCCGCACCGCUCGGACUCGGGGAGGAGGGUGAACUUGGAGAGGGAGCGGGGGCGGGACAUAAACCGAAGCCCUCGCUCGCGUCGAGCAUAUCGAGUUCGCUGGCCGAGCGCAUCCACUCGCCGCCGAGCAGCGCGAGCGGGCCGUUGCCGUCGCCGUACUCGAAUGCCGCUCUACCCUCGUCCGCGUCGGUUUCAACUGCAUCACCACUCUCCAAUCCAGGCGCCCUCGCAUCUCCACCACCAACCUCCUCCACCCUCCUCGCCCCGCCUCCCCCCUCCCACCCCACCUCUGCUGAAGAGCAAGAAGACCAAGGCACAACCGGCAUCGGCCUCUCCCUUCUACAAUCCUUCGGCGCGGACUCCUCAGACGAAGAUAGCUCGGACGACGACGCGGAAGCGACGCUGGACGCGAGGGAGUUUCCUGCGCCGCCUGCUGGCGUGCCGACGAAUACGAGGACGCCGCCGGGGAGCGCGGGGUUUAGGAGUCCGCAUGCGAGUGUGGACUUUAGGGGGGUGAUAAGUGGAAGGUCGAGUGGGAGUUGGGGGAGGCCGGGGAGUUCGGGUGCGGGGAUGGUGAUAGGAGGAGGGGGAGGGGGUGGGGGAGGAAUGGUGCAGAGUCCGCCGCCGAUGGUCCGCAGCCCGCCGCCUGCUUUGCGCUCGCCGCCGCCAACGACGACUUCGGCACUCCGAUCGCCGCCUCUACCGUCCACACCGCCCGCGCACUCUCCCCCCUUCCACACCGCCCACGCCAACCCGGCUCAAUCGCCAACAAUAUCAACGCGCUCCAAACGCUCGCCCUCCCUCAACUCUGCCUCCUUCAACUCCGCCUCGGACGACGAAGGCGACGACGACUCAUACUGGGACGGCGCGGGCGACAUCUACGACGACUACCGCUACUCGCGCGCGUCGAUGCUCUCAAAGGCGUCGAAGAAGUCCACGCGCUCGGCGCACAGCCAUCAUAAUCAUAAUCAUCAUUGGGUGGAGGAUAUGGGCGGGCCGCCGAGCUUUCCGGAGGAGCUUAGGAGGCCGAGUUUGGAUAGCGUUCGACCUAUCUUAUCCAGACUCAAUACGGACGAGAGCGGUGCUACUGCUACGACGGAGGGGACGGGCGUGGACGGGGAUAGGGAGGAUGGGGAAGGAGAGAUUGGGAUUGAUGUAGAGGCGGACGACGCGAGCGUCUACUCGCGCUCUUCCCUCCCUCCCCCUGCUCUACCAAAUACAGCGACCACCAAACCGCUCACGCUGCGCUCGCGGCCCGCGCCGCUCACCGUCUCCAACUCGAACGGGCAUUCCGGAGUCGAAGUGGAAGGCGAGUCGUAUUCGUAUAGGACGAGCACGUCGCCGCUGCUGCAUACGACGUUCGGGCUGAACAGCCAGCAUAUGAGCUUGAACUCCGCGCACUCUGCGCACUCGGGUCAGGAGGGAGACGAGACGAGCCCGCUGUUGCAUGGCUCUUUUGGAAGUCCGGGCGGGGAGCUCAGUCCGUUGCCUAAUAGCCCGUACCCGGCGGCGGGGGAGCAGGGGCUGCCUACGCCCGUCACGCCGCACGGGAACGCGAAGGAGGGCGGCGCGGUGAGGCGGAGUCUGAUGGCCGAGCGGCAGAUGAGCGAUUCGACCGUCGCGUCCAGCUCGUCGACGGCGCACGAGACGGCCCUUCACUCGAACGAGGGGACUCUUGGGGGACGGGAGAUCACGCCGCUCGAGCGCGUGCUGAAUAAGACGAAGGAGGCGUUGCUUGAUUCGCCGUUGAUCGUGGUCAACCCCGCGCCGGCACCGCCGCCGUAUGCUUCGGCUGAGGAAGAGGAGAGGUUGAGGGAGGAGCAGAGGCGGGCGAGGCCUGUGAGCAGCGAGGCGACGUUCCACGAUAUGCCGACGCCCGUUGUGCCGCCUUCGCCCACCACACCCAACCACCGCACCUCAGGCCAAGGAGCGCUCCCGUCAGUCUUAACACCAGGCGCGGGUCUCCCAGCCGUCCCCCUCCCACCCGUCCUCCCGCCCGGCUCCGCACCCCAACUCCGCCCCCGCGCAACAAGCAACGCGCACGACCCCGCAACGCGCCAAUCCCUCUUCGGCUCGUCCCGCACAUCCGUGUUCGCGCCGCACCCCAACGCGCCCAAGCCCGCCCUCGCACCCACCGGGCCCAUGUACGGCCGCAUCCCGCUCCCCUCGCAGCACAUCCUCCCCGCCGCGCAAACGCUCAUCCAGACGAUGCGCGCGGCUGCUGCUGGAAAGAUAUUGCCGAACGGGAUGCGCAAGCCGGGCACGGUGUACGGCGCGAUCGAGGGCGAUCUGUUGGGGAGCAGUGGGCCCGUGGGCGUGCGGUGGAGUAAUGAGCCGGUUAACGAUGUGCCGGCGAAUAGGAUUCGGAGGGUGGGCAGCGAGGUCGUGUUGCCGGGCCCGGGGAGGAUGGCGGGAGAGGGAGAGGGGGUGCCGGGGCGGAGCGCGAGCGCGCAGGCGCAUGUCUCGACGACGAGUGGUGGGGGGAUAGAGGGUGGUAAGGGUGCGCCGGCGCUGAUACCGCGAGCGAACUUCUAUCCGAAGGCGGGGGCGCCGAGGCCGCGGUCGAGGAGCUUUUCGUCGUUGGAGUCGCCGUAUCCUAUGCGGGGGAGUUCGAAGGAUGCGAAUGUACCGCAAGACGACUCUGCUAUCGUCGCUGCGAACCCGAGUCCGGCUCCUAGCUCGCAUAAUCCUCGAGGAGCGGCGGCGCGCGUCAGGCAGUACUCGCAUACACCAUCACCACUGGCUUUGCAGCAGACGACUGCGUCGGCGCCUACGUCUCCGCUCAUGCCUCCCGCGCGUCCAGGAUCUGCGCAACAGCCUAGCUCGCUCCCAGGCUCCCCGCGCUUGCCCAAACACCCAAGUCCGUUGACGAUCGACGUAUCCUCACCACCGACCAUACCCGCCUCGCGCGCCCCGAUCGUCGAUUCACCCACCGAGCUGCGGUCACCAACUGAAGUGCGGUCACCGGCUGCGGACUCGCCCGUUCUCCCGCGACAGAGCACCGAUACACAUAACACGUCGCCGACACGUCGUCGUCGCGAGUCCGAACGUACAAGAAGGACAUCUGGAGACAGCAAUAUGACGCACGCAAGCGAGGCCUCGGGUCUCACAGCCGGCUCACCCCGCCGCUCAAGUUCCCUCCGCUCAAAACUAUCAUUCUCCGCCCUUCGCGCUACGACUUCCCGCGAAGCGCCCUCGGAGGGGCAGAACACGGUGCAGGUGCAAGAUACGGAUUUCGAGCUCGUGGUGCCGAAUGUUCCCGCGCUUCCUAGCUCGAGGGGGAGCGAGGACAGUCCGGUGUUGCCGCGCCCGUCGCCGAGCUUUGAUGGGUCGAUGUUGAGGGCGGAUAGUCCGGCUAUGAGUCUUGCGAGCUCGUUGCCGCGGUCGCCUAUCAGUCCCAAGUUCAGUCCUGGUCCUCCGCCACCGCCUCCGCCAUCUUCGGGACAACAGACGCACACCGCGGGGAGAGCGAGUAUCGACAAUGUCGAGGCGCAUCGGCAGCGCGAGUCGAAAUGGGUCGCGUUGCUCGGCGCAACGAAGCCGGCUGAUGCGAGGAAGAACAAGAAGGUCCGCAAGCUGUUGCAGGAGGGCGUACCGGCGAGCGUGCGCUAUCAGGUCUGGGCGCAUCUGACGGACAGCAAGUCUAAGCGCUUGGAGGGCCUCUAUGCGAGGCUCUGUGCACGGGGCAAAGUGGCGGCCAGCGCGGUGAUCGAGAGGGAUGUGAGAGAGUGUUUUGCGGGCGAUGCGCGGUUGGCGGAUCCGCAGGCGCUGGUGAACCUGUUGCAGGCGUAUCUGGUCAUGGUGCCGGAUAUCCAGUAUCAGCGCGGUCUGACGUAUAUCGCUGGGCAACUGCUUAUGCAGUCGCCUGAGGAAGACGCGUUUUGGAUCUUCAUUACGCUCAUGGAUACGCAUCUGCGGCCGUACUUUGCUGCCAAUAGCGCACAGCUGGAGGUCGAUGCCGCGUUGUUCGCUCGUGCGGUUGAGGCUGCUGAUCCUGCCGUUGGCAAACGGCUGUUCACGGACUACAGUAUACCGCCAGUCGACGUUGUGCGUCCUUGGUUCACAUCUCUCUUCGUCGAGGCCCUCCCAUCAGAGUACUUCCAACGUAUCUGGGACAUCUUCCUCUCCGAAGGCGUCGUCUUCCUCUUCCGCGCCGGCAUGGCGGUCCUCACAUGUACCCGCCGCACGCUCCUUGACACCAAAGGCGCAGAUGCCUGCCUCGCGCUCCUCCGCCGUCCGCCGCAGCAUCUCAUCGCGGACCGCACGCCCGAUGCGCUUGUGGAGCUCGCGUUGGCUGCGAAGCUCAAGGACGACGAUGUUCGGAAACAGCGCAUCAAGAUGGAGGCCGCUGUCAAGCUCCAGACGCAGCACACGCGCAAGCCGCAGGGCGCCGCCGGCUCGUCGCCCGCUAUCUCCUUACCAAAUCGCACCUGA